CGUUUUCGAAGUAAUCAGAAGUUUCGAUUCAGUAGUUUCUGCAAAACGUGAAAGUGAAACCUCUUCCGCAUUCCUUCACCCUGAUUUUUUUUGCGAAAGUCUUCCAUCUGUUUCAUUGAGGCUGUCAUCACUGGUGAUGGCAGUCACGCUGGUUCCGACCACCUUCGAUCCUGACUGAUGGCGCCCGAUCUCCGUAAACCACAACUGCGUCAGGCACGGAUUUAUCUCAUCGCCGCAGCAUCGCUGCUCCUUGUUAUCGGAGUGUACAAUCUCUUUUCCCUGUGCUACGAUGAUUCCUUCCCGCGGAUUCAGCAUUUCGAUCUGGCCUUAUCUGCUCAAUGGAAGCAGUGUGAUCCUAUGUUGUCGUCAGUUGUCCACGGUUCCCUGACUGAUCCACAGUGGCACAGCGUGAUUGACAACGUUUUUGUAUAUUCUGCAUUUAUGACCGAUAAGUAUCCGCCGCAGCGUACCGUGGAAAUAAUGGCGCUGGCGGAGAUCUGGCAGGAUAGGUUUCUGGAGAGGGAAGUUUGUUGGUGUCAGUUUCAACGAGAGAGCGAAGCUGCUGAUGGAGAAUCGGUUUCUUCGUCGAUGCGGAUUGAAAACGAGCGACGCCUGGACAGACAUAGGAGAAAGUACGGUCACGUGCGUUUGAUCUGUGAUAUCCCACAAAAUGCCAUUACAUCGUCUGUCGUCGCCCGAUGCCAAUCGCGCACUGCCUGUGGCGCAGUACAACUUCCGGUCCACCAGCUUCCACCACAUCCCCCCAAACCGCUGACAUUCGCCCUGUGUGUUGCGGUAUUAUUUGGAGAAAUCUCCGCCAACGGUGUUGUGGAGUUCAUCGAGUAUUACCGGUUGCUCGGAUUCGACAAAUUCCUGUUCUAUAAACACGACGUGCCGGCAGAUGUGCAGCGCGUGUUAGAGUACUACCGACAGGAAGGAGUUUUGGAUUUGUAUACGUGGAUUGUUCCCGGUCUGAAUAUGUCGGAGACGUCGAAGGAUGUGUGGUAUUUUGCGCAAGCCGGUGCUUUAAAUGAUUGCACAGAAAGGACGGGUUAUACAUGGGAUUAUACUUUUAUUGUUGAUUUGGAUGAGUAUCUUGUCCUCAACGACGGACUCUCCCUGUCCACGCUUGUCCGCAAGGGCGAGGACGACUGCACCGUGAUCCGCUCCGCCAUCGUGAAACUUCCAGCUGCCUCUUCGUCCAACACUACGUUCGCUCUCCACCGACCGCCGUCCACCUUGCUCAAAUAUUCCCUCCGUCAGUCUUUCAUCUACCCAUGGGACUCGCGCUCCAAGACAAUCUGUCAUGGCCGGAAGGUGCUGGCCGCCGGGAUUCACUGGCCGCACUAUGUCCUCCCGGGGAUUCGCUUCACGGGAACGCGGACGGCCGAUGCGGAUAGCGAAGCUCUAGUCUUUCACCGGCGGAAGGAAGUGCUGAAUGAUUGGUUGUGGUGGUCGUGGGUCGGUGACGAGCGCGGAUUGGCGCAUGUGGAACAAGUGGUUGUCAAUGUGGAUCGGGUGAUUCAGAAACUGACGAGCUGACCAUUUCCCUCGGUGACCAGGCUUCGUGUUGUUGUUUAGCACAAAAACAAAUUUUUUUAUAAUUUUAAAUGUAUAAUAAUGUGUAAUUUUAAUAUAGUUUAUACUUUAUACGUGUCCGCUCUCGAUGUUGCCAGCUUUCAUGAUUGCCGGUCUGCUAGUGCAUUUAUUAAGUUAAGUUUUUGAAUCUUUUUGCUGCAUUGUUAAUUCUUUGUGAAAUUGGAUGUGUAGUAAAAUUGAGCAUUAUAAAAGUUAGCACCGUUCAA